AUGGCGCGCUUUGUGGAUUUGGACGACGAGGAAGACGCUGGGGCGGGCCCUGCGGGUGGUCCUCGUGCUGGGGGCGCCCGAGCUCAUCAUGAGGCCGCCGCGCCGCCGCCUAUGCCCAUGCCGGUCCCGAUGCCGGGUCAGCUACAGUUACAACAUGACGCCGACCCCCAGCUGCAGCAGCUCUCCCAGAAAGAGCAGCAUCUCCUCCUGCUCAAGAAGCUUCACCUGCUGUCCGCCAACGGCCGGAAUGGACCUUGGUCGCACUCCCUAUACAACCCAGAGCCGAUAGGCACCAUGGACUCUUCCACUUUCAGGGCGCCCGUCACGGACGCGAUGCAGAUCUAUCCCAUCGCCGUCGCCGUCGCUUCCUCCAUCGACCUAAACACUCUCGAUGCCCUCUCCCGCACGUGCCGCCUCAUCCAUUAUGGCCUUCUCCAGUACCGCACCAUCCUCCUUGCCUCCACCCUCCACUGCCGUAACGAGAGCGUCCCCGUAGAUGGCUCCGAGACCUUUCGCUACCGCGCUCGCGCUGGCAAUUGGUUCUACAUGGAGGAUGGCCGCAGCUACAACGGCAAGUCGGGCGACUGCGCCCGUGACAUGGUUGGCGAGUGCCGUAGAUGCGGCGAAGUGAUAUGCAGGAACUGUGCCAUCAAGCCACCGGCUCCUGUCGCUCUCCGUGAGAGGCAUAGGAGACUCUGCAAGCCUUGCGUCCACGCUCCGAUAGCAACCCUCGCUAAACCCCCUCUGGACCCUGGCCUUCCCGUCUCCUCAGAGGCUGUGUCGCGACAGAUUUGCAAAUGUGCAGACGAGGGCGUUUGGCUAUGUCAGCCAUGUGGACGAAGUAUCCGCGGUGCUGAUCAUGAAUAUCAACGUAUCUGGCGCUGGCGAAAUCAGUAUGGCGAGGUCCUCGGAGGUCUCGGUACUGGCAUUGGCGAGGGAGACCGAGGCGUCAUCUGCGGCCGCGAGGCAGACUGCUGUGCGGCUAAGGAGCGCGAACAGCAGCUGGACUGCGACGCCGAGGACGCCCGGGACGGAAACGUUGCGACUCCGGGCGGCACGACCCACCCGGCGCCGGUGGAUGCACUCAUCGAUGAGCUCCGCCUCACCCACGAGCGGACACCGUCUCCGUCCCUCGGCCCGGGCUACCUGCGCCACGAGAUCGAGGGCAUCGGCGGCAUCGUAAAGCGCAAGCGUGUCCGCAUGGUGCGUGUCGGUCACUGUGUCCCCGAGUGGGAGGAUGAGCGUGGCAGCGGCAGCCGCGUGCUGGGCCGAGAGGUCCGGGGCGUGCGCCGAAGCUGGUGUGGCUGGUGCUGGCGUGUCAUCCCCGGCGAAAAGGACUACCUCAACGAGCCGCCUUCAUCAUCGUCUUCGAGCCCAGGAGGUAGUCGCCGUACGUCGACAUCUACCACGAGGUCGAAUGAGUUCAAGUCAAGUCGAGGUGAUCUACAAGAAAUUUAG